ACGGUUGACAGGGAUCAACAGUACGACUCUUCUGCAAGAGAACACUUCGACCACUACAAUGGCUUCAUCUCCAAAAUGCCUCGGAAAAGAAUGUUCUGCUCCUGGACCGGUGCCGAAUGGUCAGAUUCGGCUCUACAGCAUGAGAUUCUGCCCUUUUGCUCAGAGAACCAGGCUGGUACUCACUGCCAAGGGAGUGAAGCAUGACAUUAUCAAUAUCAAUUUGGUAAGCAAGCCUGAUUGGUUUCUGAAGAAGAAUCCUUUUGGGACAGUGCCAGUGUUGGAAACCUCCAGUGGUCAGGUAAUCUAUGAGUCUCCGAUCACCUGUGAGUACCUGGACGAGGUCUAUCCUGAGAAGAAGCUGCUCCCGUCUGACCCGUUUGAGAGGGCUCAACAGAAAAUGCUGCUGGAGCUUUAUUCAAAGGUGAUCCCAUACUUCUACAAGAUCUCUAUGGGCAAGAAAAGAGGAGAGGACGUCUCAACAGCUGAAGCUGAAUUUACAGAAAAACUUGUCCAAUUAAACGAGGCUUUGGCAAACAAGAAGACCAAAUAUUUUGGGGGAGAUUCAAUCACAAUGAUUGAUUACCUGAUCUGGCCAUGGUUUGAGAGGGCAGAGAUGAUGGGAGUGAAGCAUUGUCUGGCCAAGACGCCUGAGUUGAGGAAGUGGAUUGAACUCAUGUUUGAGGAUCCAGUUGUGAAAGCCACCAUGUUCAACACCGACGUCCACAAGGUGUUCUUCGACAGCUACAUGGAUGGAAAACCUAAUUAUGACUAUGGUUUAUAGAUUAAAAUGCACUGCUGUCGGUCUAUCUAUGGAAUGUGUAUCAUUACAUCUUUCUUUGUCUGUAUAUUUCGACUGAAUUGACAGCAAAUUUAGCUUUUAAGCCUAAGACCUGAGACUAAUCAUGAUUUUUUUUAAUUAAAAAGGCUACAAUGGGUAUAUUAACAUGAAUUUAAAUAAACCAAUGUAUAAAAUA